AUGGCGACCAGUUCGUCGGCUGCAGCGCAGUCAUCGGCAAUUGCUUCGGCCUCGGAGUGGCGGCUUCUCAGCGAUAAAUCAUAUUCCCGGCCGCACCCAUCCCGCUCCGAAACGGCACCAGCACUCUUAACCUCUUCUCCCAAAUCGCGCCAGCCGCGUCAACCAUCCCCACUACGAAUACGUACCCGCUCUGCUCCUCCUCCAUCUGCGCCCUCACCGCGUACCCCCCCGUCGGACAAGCUUGUUCGGCCAAUGAUUGCCUACCUGCCCUCAACGUUCCCUGCCCAAUCUCUCGACGCAGCAAUGUUCCACGACAUGGGUACUCCGUAUAAGACGAAGGCGCCGCAUCGUUCGAGCCCGCUCUCUAAGGGCGUGUACACGAUCUACGAGGCCCCAAUCACCCCACCGGAAUCCCCCGAGCCCAGCAUUGCCGACGCGCUCAGGCAGGAGGCUGAGGAACGUGCAAUGACCAAGGGCAAGGGCCCGGCCCUCGCUUCGGCUCCGAGAAAACAUAAAUUGUUCGGCCGGGCAACAUCUGCCGUCUCCCUUCCGACUCCCACGCCCACGUGCCCGCCUAGAACGGACAUCGUCAAGUCAGCAAGCGCGCCUCCGUCUAUUCACCGUAGGAUGUCAUCCGCAACCCUCGCGAUUACGGUUACUUCCUCGCACCCAGCGGCACCGCGAAAAGAGGCGACCUGGAUGACAGAAGUCGCUGCACCAACCUUUUCGCGCUACCAGAUGACCCCGGGCAUUGUCCUUCCCGUACCCGCAACGCGCGAUCGCCGUGUGUCGAUGUAUCAAAAUCCUAACGGCGCACUCUCUGCGAAGAUAUUCAAAGCCGAAGAGGGGCAGCGAGACCACAAGCCUAAAGCCCACGUGCACGUCACCUUCGUCGCUGGACUCAAGCCCGUUGGAUCCCUCGCUUCCCAUUUGUCCAACUUGCCCAACCUAAGCCUCCCAAAUUUGCCAAUAAAGAAACGCACGAGCAUCUUCUUUGGAUCUAAACCCACCAAACAAACUGUCGUCGCUGCUGGCUAAGGACUUUAAACGGACACUUCGCUAUUUUUCUACUCUACUUCUUAUAGUUUUACUCCAUUUCUGACGAGACGACACCGUUCUGGCAAGGCUUGAACACUGUAUUAUC